AUGAAGACGAUAAAUUUAUUGUGGUGUUUUCUAACUAUCCUCUUUUUAUGUAUUCUUGAUAUAAAGUCAGACCAAAUAUAUAUAAUAUCGCCAACAACAUAUCAACAAUUCGCUAUCGGCUCAACAAUUCCAAUCACCAUAAAAAUCCAAUACGAAGGUCUUGCACUUCUCGAAAAUGUAACGCUACAAACUUUAGAUGCCGAUACUAGAAAAAUAGUCGAUGACGAUUUUUACAAUACCAAUCGACAAGAUUUCGAAGAAGAUCGAGCAUUUAAUACUACAUUGUUUCUUGAUCCUAAAUUUUAUGUGCCUAAAGGUCAUCAGCUUAAUAAUAAUGAUUUGGCGACGGGAAUUUACACGAUUCAUGCAAUUGGCGAUUGUACAUAUACAACUGACAACAAAAAACAGCAUGUUCAGAUUUUUAAGGACGUUGAUUUUAUGAUUGUUAACACUUUGUCGAGGGACAUAGUGACAUUGAUGCCUGGACCUAUAAUUUCAGCAGCCGGCACAUCAGCAGCGGCGAAUUUGAGCCCUCACCGACGUCGUUGGACGAGGAAUCGUUCGCGGUCUCUAUUCAAACAUUAA